GAGGGAGGGAUCUUAUCUUAUUCUAAUUUUAGCUGGUUUUAGGAUAUCUUAUUUGUUCAUUAAAGUGAAAAAACCUUCGAGAUGCAGCACGAUGAGGUUAUUUGGCAAGUCAUCAGACACAAUCACUGCAGUUUCAUGGCAAAACUCACAACGGGGAACUUCUGUCGCAACCCGUAUAACGUGACUGGUAUUUGCAAUCGAAGCUCUUGCCCACUUGCCAACAGUCGAUACGCCACCAUCCGAGACCAUGAUGGGAUUUUUUAUUUGUAUAUGAAAACUAUAGAAAGGGCUCAUAAGCCUAAUGAUUUAUGGGAAAGAGUAAAGUUGCCCAGAAAUUAUGAGAAGGCACUUGAAAUCAUUGACAAGCAUCUGGUAUAUUGGCCUAAGUUUCUGGUACACAAAACAAAACAGCGUCUCACCAAAAUGACUCAAAUGCGGAUACGCAUGAGGAAGCUUGCAUUGAAAACGAGGGAAAAGAUCAUGACAACACCGAGAAAAGAGAAAAAGAGAGAGUCUAGGCGAGAAGAAAAAGCUGAAAAGGCUGCGGUUUUGGAUAAGAGUAUUGAGAAAGAGUUGUUAGAGCGUCUUAAGAAGGGAGUUUAUGGUGACAUAUACAAUUAUCCUGUUAAAGAAUACAAUAAAGUUCUUGAUAUGGAAGGACUACAGGCUGCUAGUGACGAAGAAGAGGAGAUGGAACCAGAAAUAGAAUAUGUUGAAGGCUAUGAUGAACUUGAGGAGGAAGAAGAUAUGGAAGAUUUUGGUGGUCCUGUGAUUGAUGAGUCUCUCAAGGCUGAUGGCUAUGGUGGCAUGGAUGAAGAUGAUGAAGAUGAUGAAGAUAUGGAUACAAUUCAUCGAAAAAGAAGAGGCUUGGGUUCAGCGAAGCUUGAGAAAGAUGAAAUGGGUAGAAAAUUGAAAAAGAAGGCUAGGGUACUUGUUGAGGUUGAGCAUGAAGAUACCAAUGAAAGACAGAAGGUGGUUCAGUGAGAAAACUUGUAUUGAGCUUGCAGAAUCAAGACCCCCUCCUUAAAACUCCUUUCGAAUACUGACCACUCCGGAGAAAAGGUGGGAUUUGAUCCCAAGACCUUGUGACAAUGGGGCCCAAGUCCUUCACAACUUUGCUAGCUCAUUUUCUAUUAAUUCAGUAUGCCCACUUGCUCUGCAUGGCCAAUGCUUAUCCUCCAUUGCCUACUGAACCAUGAGGAUGAAUUAGGCGCCCAAUUUUGGAUUUUGUAUGUGGAAAUAUUCAGGUACAUUGUCAAGCUAAUUAAAAAUUCAAAACAACAAUUUCCGAGAAACAUGUAGCAUUUUGAAGAAUUUUAGCUGGAAUUGAUAUUGU